AUGGAUCUACUUUUCACUAUUUUGGAUUCUUUGCGUGGUUUUAACGUCAAUAAACAACCUUUUUAAACACUGUAUUUUUAGAAUACAAACAUUACAAAAGAAGCCUGACCAUGCUCUUUUUCUCAGUGCGACCGUUCGUGUCCAGUCCUUUUUACCUAUCCUAAUGGGGUAGGACUUAUUGAAAUUUAAACGUCAACAUUCCAAAACAGUCAUCUUUAUCUUCCUUAUCUGUAUCUUCCUUAUCUGUAUCUUCCUUAUCUGUAUCUUCCUUAUCUGUAUCUUCCUUAUGUGUGUCUUCCUUAUUUGCAUCUUCCUUAUCGUUAUCUUCCUUAUCCUUAUCUUCCUUAUCUUCCGUAUCCUUAUCUUCCGUAUCCUUAUCUUCCUUAUCCUUAUCUUCCUUAACCUUAUCUUCCUUAUCUUUAUCUUCCUUAUCUUUAUCUACCUUAUCCUUAUCUUUCUUAUCUGUAUCUUCCUUCCUUCCAUGAUAUUAUUGAACCAGGCUCUGUAAAUGCCCUACCAACUGACAACGUAAAUAUCAGCAACCAAGAUACACUGAAGCGAAAACACAAGUCAAAAAAAUCGAAUAAGAAAUCUAAGACGUCCGAGAAGCAAAGCAAAGACGAACAACGGUGUAUAACUGAUUCACUUUCUAAAACCACUCAAACCUCUCAACCGAUAAACGAGGUGAGUAAUGUAAAUAAAAAUACAACUAGUUCACCUAAAAGCAGUCAAUCUCCAAGCAAAAAAGUCACGGUAGUUGCUGGAGAUUCUAUAUUGAAGCAUGUAGAAGGAUGGCGUCUCUCGAACACGAGUAACCAUGUGGUAGUCAAGAGUUUCUCAGGACCUACAACUUCUGAUAUGGAAGACUAUUUAAGACCAGUGCUCCGAAAGGAACCGAACAAAAUAGUUUUACAUAUAGGUACGAACGAUAUAAACUAUCAAACUGCCCAAACGGUAGCAGAGGGAGUAUUAAAUCUAGGCAUACAAAUUACUCAAGACUCGCCUACAACAGACAUACUGAUCUCUGGGAUACUUCCGAGAACCGUUAAACCAAAUUUGAUGUCCAAAGUGAAUCAGGCAAACGGAUUAAUAAAAGCAUUUUGUAUUGAAUAG